UCGGCCACCCGCCUCCCCCUCACUCCGGAGCCGCUGCCAGUCGGCCACCCGCCUCCCCCUCACUCCGGAGCCGCUGUCCGUCGGCCAGUCACAUGGUUUCUGUGGGAAUGACCAAGAUGCUGCGGCUCCUGGGCAACCUGAUCCGGGGAGGGAGCAGCCCUGCCAAAGCUGUAGUGGGAUCUCGCAAUUAUGCAGAUUUUGCAUCCGAAGCAUCAUUUGAUGUUAAGAAAUGUGACUUGCAUCGUCUUGAAGAAGGUCCUGCAACCACAGUUGUCCUGACCAGAGAGGAUGGCCUUAAAUACUACCGGACAAUGCAACUAAUUCGGCGUAUGGAGCUCAAGGCAGAUCAGCUGUACAAACAGAAGAUCAUCCGUGGGUUCUGCCAUUUGUAUGAUGGUCAAGAAGCUUGUUGUGUUGGAAUCGAAGUUGCAAUCAAACCAACAGACCACCUUAUAACAGCAUAUCGGUCUCAUGGCUACACCUACACACGUGGGGUCUCUGCCAAAGAAAUUCUGGCUGAACUGACUGGUAGACGUGGAGGUUGUGCUAAAGGCAGAGGUGGCUCUAUGCACAUGUAUGCCAACAAUUUCUAUGGUGGCAAUGGCAUUGUUGGUGCACAGGUUCCUCUUGGAGCUGGAAUCGCACUAGCUUGUAAAUACUUUGAGAAGGAUGAGAUAUGUGUAACUUUAUAUGGUGAUGGUGCAGCUAAUCAGGGCCAGAUCUUUGAAACUUACAACAUGGCAAUGCUAUGGAAGCUGCCCUGCAUAUUUAUCUGUGAGAACAACAGGUAUGGCAUGGGUACCUCUGUGGAGAGAGCAGCAGCCAGCACAGACUACUACAAGAGAGGUGACUACAUCCCCGGCCUGAGGGUCGAUGGCAUGGAUUUAUUGUGUGUUAGAGAAGCAACAAAGUUUGCAGCAGAUUAUUGCAGGUCUGGAAAGGGCCCUAUCCUGAUGGAACUACAAACCUAUCGUUAUCAUGGACACAGUAUGAGCGACCCUGGUGUCAGUUACCGUACCAGAGAAGAAAUCCAGGAAGUGCGAAGUAAAAGUGAUCCCAUUACUAUGUUGAAGGAAAGGAUGCUGAACAAUAACCUGUCCAGCAUAGAAGAGCUGAAGGAAAUUGAUGCUAACGUCAGGCAUGAGGUGGAAGAAGCAGCACAGUUUGCCACCACUGACCCUGAACCAGCCCUAGAUGAGCUGGCCCACAACAUUUACUGCAAUGAAGCAGCAUUCGAUGUUCGUGGCACCAACCCAUGGAUCAAGUAUAAAUCUGCCUCCUAAAAGCAGCAAUGCCCUUUGAUUCUGUUACACGACCACCUACAACCAACAUGUCCAUUCUCAAAUGGAAUCUAAAAGUCAGGUUCAUAAAAGAUAAAACUUCAGUUAAACAAAACUGCACAUUAAGAAAAUUAAGACUUUUUACUGAAUGAAUUUACCUUCAUUUUUUUAUUAAUCAAAUGAAUCAUUUAUAUCCAGUGAUUUAUUUGUUAUCUAACAUCAUGCGUUAGGUUGUUUUUAAUCAAGGGUGUGCUUUGGGUUGAUCCAAGCUGCUGCUGUUUUGGUUGAUAGCUGAAAUGCUUGACAUCAGUGUAAUAAAGAUGUAUCUCAAAAUUA